AUGGGCCUCCUCCCACAAGUCAACGCACAGGAUGUACUCGCCCUUCACUGCCCCCUCUGCGCUUUCCACAGUCACUGGCUCAACCUGCUGGAAGCUCACUUCAGUCGUCACCAUGGCGCCAGAUCGGCCGAGUUCCGACUCUACCAGUGCUCCAAGUGCCAUAAGAUCGCCUCUUCAAAAGCAUUUCUGUCCGAACACCUUGUCCUACACCAUCGGUCCGGUGGCAAGGCGAAAACGACGCGUUGGAGCCGUUUAGACAGCCUCGAUGCAAGACCCGGUUGCCGUGACAACGGACACUAUGAGGCGGAUUCGCCUCCUGGCGACGUCGUGAGACGGGCCGAGUCUGUUAAUCAGCCACUGGCCGACGCCACGGAAACUAGUGGCUUGGAGAGGCUGGCGUCGAAAUCGCCUGACAACGAGCCGGGCUACAUCAUCACCUUUUUUCGGGGCCACCUUUGCGCACAUGCGCCCAGGCCGACAGAGUCUUCAACUGAGUCCCGACGAGACGGUCCUCCCGGCACGACCGAUAUUGACGCGACCGAGGCGAACGAUCGGCCCGUCCACUUGGAGACGACCGCCGCCUGUCGUCAUUGUUCGCCAGGCCGCCGGGCGCACAAUCGUUUCGCCGGACUCGGACUCCGGCAUCAGUGCCUCUUCUGCCCGUUCACCAGCGCCCAGCCGGCCCGAUUGGCUAGGCACUACGUGGAGCACGGCAUCCGUCGUCUCCAGUUUUUCACCGCCCCCUCGGCAGAUGCGACCGAUCGGCCCAAGACGAACGGCGGUCCGGCCUCGAUGAAGGCGCCUGAGGCGGAUGAGGCGGAAGAGGAGUGUCCGCAGGCCUCGGUUGCCGAGGCAGGCAAGGGAGAGACGACAGACGCCGGACCAGACCCAGACGGCGACCGAGCUGAAGAUGACGAGGUAGACGACAAUCAGGUCGUCAAGGCAGCCGGAGGUGAGACAAAGAAGCCUGUGUCCGAGGGCUUGCUGGAUGAUAAUGGUCAAAUGAACUACGCAAAAAGCAGUCCCGAUUCGGCUGACCUCAAGAAACGAUGUGAAGCCAUGCCAUCGAUGCUGUUGCCGGACCAUCGUGGCAGGAGACAGGUGGAGAGUCGAAUGAAAGGGAGACCGAUUACACGAGGCGGAGAAGAGAUUAAAAAAGAGAAUGAGCCGGCAACAAGGCCGAAGAAAUCGAAAACGACGCGGAAAACGUCAGCUUCUGGAACAGGCCAUCCAUCGCAACCUGAUUGGUGUGACCAGUUCUCCGUUGGCGGCUGUCCACGAGCUAUCCGAGGUAAAUUUUAA